CCCCAAUACUCGCCUCACUUUCGGCGAACAAUUAUUAAAUAACCAGCGAUGUUUAGUGCAUCUCAUUUGACAGGUAUGUAGAGAUGAAUACCAAAUUGUUGAGUAGCUACCAAAGUUAUAAUACAAAUAUACCGAAAUUCCUACACGAAAGGCCACACACCAUCAUUAAGCAAUGUAUGGAAAGGUGAGAUGCAUCAUCCUGGCAACAUCCCACUUCAGCAUGUUGUUGUUGUAGAUCAGGAGAAAGGAGAUUUUACAGUCAGGAGUCAACAAGAUUCUGCCAAAUGCUACCGAGUCACGUUUGGCACUGAUACUGAUCCAGUACUGAUCCAAGAGUACUGUCAGUCAUUUGACCACAAUACAGAUGUUCUCGAUGACUUGACAUCAACAAGCCAACCAUUAACAGUCUUCAACGAUCUGCCACAAAAGAAGACAAACCACAGAACUGAAGCAGCCAGGAGUCGUGAAAUUUUGGGGCAAAUUAAGAACUUGACAUAUGUUGCAGAAGGCUGGCAAGAUGGUAAACUUCUUGAAAAGCUCAACAGGAAAUUGGAAACGUCUUACCAGUUCCUCAAAGAUUAUGCACCAAAGGAAAAUGGAAUCACCCUUGAGGUACCCCCGCCAAAGAGACUGGCUGUCAAAACCACUACACCAGUCAAUCAGCAUCCUAUCAAAUCAACAACAUACAAGCAAUUACCAACUGCGCCUAAGAAGAAACCUUAUUCAGGCUGAUGUCGUGCAAAGGCAAUGUCACUGAAGCGAAGUUACAUCUCAAGUUUACAAGAUAUUGAAGGAAAGCCAGCAAAGGUGUCAAGAGCACAGCUUAAUGUUUUAGUUGAUUGUAUUGUUGUAAACGAUAUCAUAGCUGACAAUAAAAUGGUGGAAUUAACAGUGACC